AUGGCUCAUAUUAUCAAUAACUUCAUGUCGAUAUUGACAAUUGCCGUGGUUUUCAGUGUAGCGUUGGCCGCUCCUAAUAAAGAUACAUCAGAACCGAGUGACGAAACUGCUCAAUCGGAAUCGUCCAUUACAAACAACAAUGACUUUGUGUCUGAGUCUGCGUCGAUCGGAGGAUUCAACGCAGCUUCUUCUCUGGCUGACAAUGGUAGUGCUAUGGCUUCCGCCGGCGGCAACGACCUCGGUGCCAGUGGUCCGGGGGGCACCGUAGCCGGAGCCGAAUUCAUCAAUGUCAGUGAAUUAGCAUCUAACGAAAUGCUAAUGAAACCAGCUACUGAAAUGCUAGUGAAACCAGCUACUGAAACGCUAGUGAAACCAGCUAUAGUAGUAUUCUACCUAUUCGAUAAGAUUUUCAACAUUCCCAUCAAUGUAUUGCAGUAUAUCAAUACAUACUUAAACCAAAAACAAAUGCAUCGAGGACAAUCAGGUAUACAUUUACAAUAA